AGUGUUGUCAGAUUGGUCUCAUUUUCACUAUAUUGCUCUAAUAACACCUUCGAAUUGGUAAGAAGCAUCCAUAUACCAAUACACAAAUAAGAAUAAUAACUCCACCUAUAAAGAUCUAUAAUACCGUAUAAAUUACAGAUUUAAAUACUGAAGAUAAACAUUGAAAGUGUAAAACUGUAGCCAUGUUGCUGAGGCCAGACAUGGGCUGACACAGCAGCAUCAGUAUGCUACAAGACAUUGCAGCUGGUGAAUGAAUGGUGUUACUCUCAUUCAUCUUGCCUUGACUACAUCACACACCUUGCACUGGUGUUCCACCACUCUCCUUCUGAUGAUCUUCUCCAUGACUUUGCACACAGAGACACAGGCAGGACAGCAGCAGAUCCCAGAUAAAAGAUGGAGACAGACGGUGCAAAAUGUAUGUGUGCAAGGAGUUAUGUGGAGGUGGAGGGAAAGAUGUUCAAUGAUGCUAUCCAUGGUUCAAUCUCCAUACAUCCUUUGUGUGUCCAGAUAAUUGACACUCCACAGUUUCAGCGACUCAGGUUCCUUAAGAUGGUGGGAUCUUGUUACUUUGUCUUUCCUGCUGCAGCACACAAUCGUUUCGAACACAGCCUUGGUGUGUGUUAUCUUGCCGGUAAGCUGGUGCGGGCUAUACAGUCCCGCCAGCCUGAGCUCAAUAUUAACAGUGAAGAUGUGUUGAGUGUUGAGGUGGCUGGCCUCUGUCAUGAUCUGGGGCAUGGUCCAUUCAGUCAUCUCUGGGAGGAAUUCGUUGAGAUGUCUCCACGAAAGGAAAAAUGGACGCACGAAGAGGCAUCAGAGAAAAUGUUUGAUUAUUUAAUCGAAGCCAAUAACCUUAGUGAAUAUUUUAAUAAGUAUGACUUGGAUAUUCAGUUCAUAAAGAAACUAAUUUGUGGCUUGACCGAAUCUGAGCGUCAAAAGAAUGAAAAAGCUUUUUUGUAUGAGAUUGUAGCUAAUAAGCGGACAGGAGUUGAUGUUGACAAGUGGGAUUAUUUUUUACGUGAUGGACACAACCUUGGCAUUAGAGUCAAAUUUGAUUACCAUCGCCUGGUAAAGUACUCUCGUGUGAUUCAAGUAGAUGGGGAGUGGCAGAUCUGUAUGAGAGACAAAGAGUGCAAUAAUUUAUAUGACAUGUUUCAUGCAAGAGAGACACUUCACAGAACAGCAUACCAGCACCGUGUUGUUAAGAUCAUUGACUCAAUGUUAAUAGAUGCCUUUCUCUGUGCUGAUGAGCAUAUCAAAUACCAAGGAAAAGAUGGCACAAAUUAUGCCUUAAGAAAUGUAUGUGAUGAUAUGUCUGCAUACACUAACUUAAUUGACGAUAUCUUCCACCGGAUUCUUCUUGCCAAAGGGGAUCACCCAGAUCUAGUGAAGGCCAAAGAAAUCUUAGAAAACAUCUUGAAGAGAAGACUCUACAUUUAUGUCGGACAGACUGAACCUAAUGAUGAAAUUAGUCAAGAGAAACUCCUGGACACUAUAUCAAGUAACAUUCCAGAGGAAAGCUCGCUAGAAAGAGAAGAACUUGGCAUCCAAAAAGUCCGAUUUAAUUAUGGUUUGGGAGAGAAAAACCCAAUAGAAUAUAUACGAUUUUAUAGCAAAAACUCACCAAAUGAAGCCAGGAAAAUUCAGGAGGAAGAAAUCUCUUCAAUGCUUCCUCAGAGAUUUCAAGAAAGACGGUUUCGCCUGAUAUACAAGAGUAACAAGGAAAAAGAUUUUAAUGAUGCACAAAAAGCUUUUAAAAAUGCUUGCAAACAGCUAAAUAUGAAUGCUCCUUCUCUUGCAGAUUUCCCUAUACAUCUACAGUCAUCCUAGCACUGGGAACUUACGUCACUACAGGCAUCAGCAUUCAGACAAGACGGUGUACUACUAGAACCCUAUUUUGGAGAGCUUGAAGAAAUACAUGAAGUUCAUCAAGUUGAAGUCUGCUUUCAGUGUAAAUGGGACUUAGGAUCAGUGAUGUUUUUAUGACAAUUCCAUACUAAAUUGUGCACAGGUGAAAAAAUUAGACUAUCAAACUUGAAAUCAUUGUAAUUAUAUGAAAAAUAAACUUCAGAAUACAUA